AUGCCUCGAUUUUCGUGGCGCGGAGGACUCACUGAUGAGCCACCUACCCUCAUGCUACGGGCCAAAAUACAAAAAAGUCGGCCGUGCCUGCUCUCCUCUGUCUCAAACCCUAGAAGGCGGCGCGAGGGGAUUUGUGGCGGCGGGCAGCCGUCGGUGGCGCAAUGGAAGGCGGGCGGGGCGCGAAGGCGGCGGGCGCGAGCCCCGUCGGCCGGGUCGCGAAGGCGGGGUCGCGAAGGUGACGCGCCCGCGGCCGAGGCCCCCCGCCGCCGCAGCGGCGGCGGCAAGCGCAAGUCGUUCGGGUCCUCGUUCACGCCGUCGAAGCGGCAGGCCAAGGAGAGGAACGCUGCCUUCCACGUGCCCCCGCACCUGCUGCACAGCGGGUCGCUCACCCGCGCCGCGCGCCAGUCGCCGCACAAGCUCGCGGGCACGCCUCCGGAGACGGGGCCAGCGUCGUCGGCGGCCGCAGCUGGGGAUGGGGUGAGCGGCGGGCAGGGAGAGGACGAUGCGAUCAGGCCCGAAAGAGAGGAGAUGCCGGCAGCGGAGCAGCCGCUGGUGGAUGAGGUGUUCGAAGCCGUCCGAUCCCGCGGCGCCGGCGUCCAUGUGGUCCCUACCUUUGCUGGCCAGCAACUACUUGACAGCCCUGCAAUGGGCACAAGAAGCAAAAGGGUGGAUCCUGCUAGCCCUACAAUGAGCACAAGGAUCAAAAGAAGGCUCAGCCUAUGAUCCUCAUGUAUCUGUGAAUUUGGAACUUGUAUCUCCUUUGUGAACUGGCACGUUUGAACCUCUCUGAUCCUCAAGUUUGAACGUAUCCGUUCAUUUUUAACA